GAUAAGACUGUCAGUGUACUGCCGGAGAUCGGGAGAAGUGAAUCGUAGCGUGGCAAUUAGCUGCAGUCGCUAAGUGCAGGGAAGUGCAAUCGAAAACAUGUCGGAACUAAUCACAGUGCUCUACGGGAUACUUGCGUUUCUGAUAUUUGCUCCGUUUCUGCAAUGGCUGAUCAAACGGGUGCAACUGAUACAGAUAAUUGACAGAAUCCCUGGACCGAAGUCAUAUCCAUUGAUCGGAACGACCUACACGUUUUAUGGCAAAAAGUUGCACGAGAUCUUCUACGUGAUAGACGAGCGUACCAAACGCUAUCCGGAAAUCCACCGCAUAUGGACCGGAAUGUUUCCGGAGGUGAGAAUUUCGAAAGCGGAAUACGUGGAAACGAUUAUCGGUGCCAGCAGGCACAUCGAAAAGUCCAACGGCUAUCGCUUCCUGAUGGACUGGUUAGGCGAAGGAUUACUGACGUCGAAAGGUGAACGUUGGUUCCAGCAUCGCAGGCUUAUAACUCCCACCUUCCACUUCAAUAUCCUGGAUGGAUUCUGUGAUGUGUUUGCGGAGCAUGGCGCUGUUAUGGUAAAAUGUCUAGAGCCAUUCGCAGACACAGGCAAACCGGUCAACGUUUUCCCAUUCAUCGCAAAGGCCGCACUGGACAUCAUCUGCGAAACUGCAAUGGGUGUUAAAGUGAGCGCGCAGACGGGCGGCGAAAACGAGUACGUUGAGGCAAUUUAUGAUGUGAGUGCACUCUUUCUUCAAAGGAUGAUUCGACCGUGGCUUUAUUCCGAUUUUAUUUUCAAACUAUCGAAAUACGGGCGAAAGCAGAAAGAAGUUUUAAAUAUCAUUCAUGGAUAUACCAAAAAAGUCAUACGGGAUCGAAAGGAAGCUCUACAGCGUAAGCGAGUCACCGCCGGAAGCGAAGCCACCCUGGCGGAAGUCACCGGAGACAUCUACGGUGCAAAAAAGCGGCUGGCUUUUCUCGAUCUGCUGCUGCAGGGAAAUGAAAAAAAUAAUCAACUUACGGAUGACGAUGUUCGCGAGGAGGUCGACACGUUCAUGUUUGAGGGUCACGAUACAACGUCUGCUGGCAUGAGCUGGGCACUGUUUCUCCUCGGAUUGCAUCCGGAUGUGCAGGAUAAAGUGCACCAGGAAAUUGAUUCGAUUUUCGCCGGUUCGGAUCGUCCGGCCACGAUGAAGGAUCUGAACGAGAUGAAACUGCUGGACCGCUGCCUAAAGGAAACGCUCCGAUUGUAUCCAUCCGUGUCGUUAUUCGGGCGAACGUUGAGCGAGGACGUCACACUCGGCGGGUACCACAUCCCGGCUGGGACCCUGGUCGGUAUUCAUGCGUAUCACGUGCACCGCGACGAAAGGUUUUUCCCGGACCCGGAAAAGUUCGAUCCCGAUCGCUUUCUGCCGGAAAAUAUGGAAACACGUCAUCCGUUUGCGUACAUCCCGUUCAGCGCCGGACCACGGAACUGCAUUGGGCAAAAGUUUGCCUUGCUUGAGGAAAAAAGUGUCAUCUCAUCGGUGCUGCGAAAGUUCAGAAUACGUGCUGCAAAUACACGUGAGGAGCAACAAAUCAACCAUGAACUUAUCACUCGACCCAAGGAUGGAAUCAGCUUGUUUUUGGAAAAGCGGAACUAGGGAUCACUCACGAUCGUUAUUAUAUGGAACAUUACGGUCAGGCGAUUGUUGUGUACUCUGUAGAUAAUUACAAAAGCUGCUUAAAAAGAUGAUUGAACACUAUAAAACUUGUAUAACAUAAAUCAGAGCUGCUGGUGACGUUUUUACAGACAACAUACGAUAUACGUUGCACUUUCAGCCUGAAUUGUACCCUAGAGAGAAAAUUCCGAACAAAGUACUACACAGAUAUCAAAAUAUCAACCAUACUGAUGUACAUAAGUGCAGCUAGUGUGUGAACGCAUAAACUACAAUAAAGUCCAUUAGUCUAAACAUAA